AUGAAGAUCCUAAAAAUAAUCGUAAUUGAAGAUGUGGAGUGUAGGAACGCUUAUCAUUGCAUAAAAGAAAAUCAUGAGCUAUAGCCCUGGGCAGCUUAUUGCUUGGUUGAGGCUAAUCAUUGGAACUUACUCGUGAAGUUGGUUUGACAAUUUUUUGUUCUGAACCAAAUCACGCAUUGGGCUUUAUUUGGCAGUCCAGGGUGAGCAAUGAAUUUUCCUGAGCUAUAUAGAUUGGUCAUUUAAUCUUCAAAUGAUUUCGCAUCAUGCAUUAAUUUCUUAAUUCAAGGUUAAUUAUUCUCAAAAUCCAAAAAUUUUGAAAAAAAUCACAAAACCAAUUAUUAAAAAUAUUUUCUGAUAUGUUUAAGGGUUCAGAUAGUCUUAUAAAGUGAUUUUCCAAGCUUGAUAUAUUUUAUGGCUAUACUAAGCUUUUAAGUUAUUUUUGUAGAUAGACUUACUACCAAAUAAUAUAUCAUAAGUUUUGCAAGAGAGGUGCUCUAUAUAAACCUAAUAAUUUUCAAUUCAUACAGAGAAAUUUAAAUUGGCUGUUUCUUUUACUCUCUAUUAAUUUUGCCAAUACAUGUCUAGACAUUUUUUCACUCCCCUGAAGUAAAAUUUCCAACUUUUUGGUGAAUUAAUUUAAACUAGAACGAUUUUUUUUUUAAUUGGUAAAUUUUAUAGAUGUGAUACUAAUUUUUAUAAAUGGCUUUAAUCGAAUUUAAAAAAGAAAGAAGAAUACUAUUAAAAAAUUCGGGCAUUUAGUCGAUUAAUUUUUUUAAAAAUUUAUAAAAUUUGAUAAAAUAAAGAAGUUUAUUCAAAAGAAAAAAUUGACUCCUUUUUAAUUUGAGCAAACUUUUGGGUUCUAUUUAAAGGGGGAUUUAGGUAGAAUUCCCAGUUUAUAA